GCAGUACUGCAAAGGUGGAGUCCAAUGUGUUUCAUAAUGAGUCGAUGAUUACCUGCACAGGACCCUGUACAGAAUGAACUGAACAACGUGAAGUCCUGUUACCCAUUUUAAAAUCAAACCUAAAACAAAAUUUGAGAAAGGAGUAACAAAGUGUCUCUUGGCUUUUUGGUGAAUGAAUCGAUGAAUUCUCUGAGAUCCCUGAGACAAGGACCCUAUUAAAGUCAAGUGUCUAAUAACCACUUGGUGCUGACAGUUUGUUUUCUGGACAAUCAUAUUAAUGGGAGUACAAUUAAGGUUAUAAUUACAAUGCAAGUGAUAGGUGAAAAUUCUCUCAAAAUUGCACGAGUCUUUAGGUGAGUAAGUGCAAUUUGAAAGAAUUUUCAAAUAUUACAAGGAGGGGGACAAACAUAUGGGAGGGCUCUGAACAUUACAACACUGUGCAAAAAAAUUAACAAACACCGCAUCACCAUAAGUAAAGUUGAUGAAACACCGUCACUGCAACAGGUAUUUUUAACCCUAUGAUUUGAACGUCUACACUAGACAUACGAUGUCUAUACCUCAACAGGUUUCCACAAAAUGAACACAUUUUGGAGGAAGUCGUAUGUCCUGACAGAAACUAGUAUUUACACAGAAAUGAACUAUGUAGUUCAGUUUCUUUGAUCUUGGUCUGAGAAAGGUCAAACAAGAAACCACAGCACUGCAAACAAUUUCCUUUCACCGAACACCAAAUGGUGAUAAACACAAACAUCGCACUCCAUAGGUGGGAUUUUAUUCACUGCAUCACUGCAUUAGAAAACAAUAACCACAAAGCCCCAUGUCCCCCUCCACAAGUAGUGUAAAUCUAAAUAAAUUUACUUAAGCCUUCAUACAACUACUCAUUUGUUAAUUAACCUUACAUGACUGAGAAAAUCACUAAAAUAAAUGCCCCUGUAUUAAUUUACACUGCAAUGUAUAUUAAAAAUCAAUGAUAAAUUUUCAUGCUGUCUGAGCCAAUCACAGUGAAGAAAUUUUCUUGGUCAUAAAAUAACUCUUUAAUCAUCAGUUUCAGAGAGUGAAGUUCAAAGCAUGGUUCAUGUCUACAACAACCUUGCAGCUCUUUCUCCCAGAGACAAGUAUAUUGACAGGAAAACAUUCAUGCAUUAUUUUCCCUUGGAUGGAGUUCUGGCUGAGAGAUUGUUUACAGCUUUUGACAAAGACAGGAAUGGUCAUAUUGACUGUGAUGAGUUCCUAGGUGGACUUGCUCUGUGUCUACGAGGUUCCACAGAAGAAAGAGGGCAGAUCAUCUUUGACAUGUUCAACCUUGAUGGGUCAGACGGAGUGAGUAUUUCUGAGAUCAGCGUGAUGCUCAAGUCAGUCCUGUCUGCCGCAGCAAGAAUUAUCCAUGUCAGAGAGGCGGGCCAUUCUCAAGAUGACGCCGGGUAUCUGAAAUUGUCAGAAGUGGACAGUGCUGUUGAGAACUUUGCCAGAGAUGCGUCAAACCAGUGUGAAGAUACCGCGAAUGGAAAACUGACCAAAGCAGAGUUUGUAAGCUGGAUGAGAAGACACCCUCUCAUUGUGGACUCGGUAUUCCAGCAUUCCAGUAUUAGAGACAAACAGUUUAACACAGGAUUGCAGAAUGGUCGUGUCCAAGAGAGUCACAGGUCACCUGGGUUUGUAACAAGUACAGAACAAGGAGCACGACGUACAGAGCUGCUAAGCCAAACGUGGGUUGAUGGCUUACAACAGGGUGCAGAAGAGGAACAGGCUGCUAAUGAGCCCGUGUUCAGCGGUAGUUAUGCAGACGCGGAUUACUUGUGGAGUCCGGUGUUCCCGGCCAGCCUAAGCAUGCCUUGCGCGCGUAACAGGCACUCGGUGUGUGUUUGGGGUGGAGGUGUGUUUGUGUAUGGAGGCCGAGGAACUAGAGGAACACUCAAAGACUUCUGGAGAUACGAUAUAGCCUCCAACACGUGGAGUAACGUGCCUGUUGAAGGCGAGCUCAGACCACCGUCCCUACAAGAACAUACUGCAUUAACGUACAAGGGUAAUAUGUACGUAUUCGGAGGUGAAUUCACCGCGACGAACGAGACGCCAUUAUGGACGUUCAAUUUUCGUGAGCGUGCGUGGAGAAAGCAAGCGGCAAAGUCAUGGGGUCCACGCACUCGGCGGUCACAUACAGCCGUGAUCCACGAGACUUCGAUGUUCGUAUUUGGCGGGUAUAUCGACAUGAGAGGUGCGAGCGACGAGCUUUGGCAAUACGAGCUUGACACUUUAAAGUGGAUCAGGAUUAAGUGGAAAGGAGACGGACCGAGUCCACGUUACCAUCACUCAGCGGCCGUUGGAGCAGCUGGUAUGUGGGUGUAUGGGGGCUUGGAAGGUCUACAAGCCAGGAACGAUCUCUGGAGAUGGAGCUUUGUGAGUCACUCGUGGUCAAGGAUAAAGAGUCGAGGUGGUCCCCCGGCCUUGUUUGGCCAUUCUGCGAUGAAGGUUGGAGAUGGCAUGUUGAUAUUUGGAGGUGAAACAACAGAUGGCGCUCUACAGAAUACGAUGUGGCGGUUUGAUUUAGAUAACCGCACUUGGAGCACUGUUCACCCGCGUGGUGGGAUAUCCCCGCCCGUCCGCAGCUGCUUCUCCUUGGGAGUGGUUCCUUCAUCCGCUUUCCUUUCCACCAUUCGACCGUCUACAUCUCAUUCGGCCCCGCCCUGCACCCCCAUGCCGUCGGACAUCUUGAGAGAAGAGAGUCUGGAAAGCAGACCGACUACCAGAGGGGCAUCCUGGUGUGAACCUUUCACCGGAUGGGAGAGAUCCGCGGCGUCACUGGGUUCCCUUGAUUCCGCGGCUCCGUUACCUAGUGCAGUGGUAACAUUAAAUGGCGAUAAACGCCGUCAAAAUCAUCCGGUGUCUCACUUUAGCUCCGAGGUGUACGAGAAUUCAAAAGGCAUGACUCUAUCGGACGAUUCUUUACACACAAAGCAGCAACACAGUACCACGGGACCUGAGCCUCGUCAUCAGUUGAAGGCGAAGACUCUUCCCGCCCCAAGUCUCUCCUGGGACAGAAAAGGUCGAGUGCACAGCCAAGAACUGUUUAAUGUCAAUUCUUCUGUUAGUACGGAUUUGAGGAAGAGCUUGACUCGUCCUGUUGCCUGUCUUUUGGUUCUUGGCGGAAAGACGCGUACCCAGGCAGAUAUGGGAAGAAGCCUUGACAUAUGGCGAUGUGAUAUUGAUCCAGUCAAGAAAAACCAAACAGAGCGAGUGGAAAAGAUCACCGUCUCAGACAAUCGUGCGACCAUUCCUUCAGUUCCUUAUAGUCAUUUAGAGCCUGCGCCUUCUGAGAGCACCGCUGACGCUGACGACGACACGGACUCAAUAGGCAGCGACUUGGUCUUGGCGGACAUGUCUGAUAGUGACACGCGCAGUGUGGAUUUCUUAUUGGACGAUUAUGGCGAAGUCACGAGUACGUCACGCGGCUUUCCUAAAGUGUCCGUGUGACUCGGUGACGUCAUAGACAAAGCGUGUGUGGUAGAUAAUAAUUCUAUCUAGGGCACAAAAUCAUAAUCGCCAGUUGUGAUUAAUUACUGACUUCUUCUAACCUAUUUAUAACAACUUCAAGUGAGCAAGUUAUGAGAAUUAAGGAUUUGGUCACCCCUAGAAAAAAUAUUGAUUCAGUCAUACAUAAUGUGUGAAACAUAAGGAGAAUUUUCAUAUUUGUCUUGUUACAACCAGAAUAUUUUUCACUCUUAAUAGGCUCGUUUCAUAUUAGUCUCUUAUUUGACAAGGACAAAAGAAAAAAAAAACCUUUCAUUUGUUUGUUUUUACUUAUCUGUUAAGCUCAUCCCUGUACUGAGAGCACUGUUUUUCUAUUCAGUCCCGAUGCGUUUUUGUUUCUAAACGAGCCUGUUGUCGAUUGUUUUGUAUCGUAAUUGGUCGGCUGGUUUCCGCUUAUAUUUGUCAGUGUCCGUAUAUCUUCGGCUUGCAGUCGGCUUACCUUCCUUGAAUUGCAAAUAAAUUGGAAAAUAAGUCACGAGUUGCAAGCCUAUUUAUCAGUAAAACAUAUUUAUAAAUAAAAGUUGUAUAAUUUAUACUGAAAGGACAAGUUUCUACCAAUGACAAAAAUGUUGUAUAAAUAGUAAUUUCGACAUAUUUAACAAAUAAUUUCAUAUUUUACGGCGUUUGAUAUUGUGUUAAUAUUGAUGUUAUUUUUUCAGUCACUGGUGAUUG